AACUACACUGUAAAUACAAUGGGGGAUCAAUUCGAUUCUCUAAUGGAACGCAUACGAGUUCGGCAAGCCGAAAUGUCAGGCGAAGGAGAGGUGGCAAAGGAGAAUGGGCCAGUGACCUCAAAAAUUACAUCUGUGAAGCAAGAAGUUGCAUCUCCAACAAAAGUCUUCGGAAGCUCCUCAAAAUGCAACGACGGCCCGUCAACUCCAGUGCAUUUUCACCCUCAAGAGCCAAAGGAGACAACUCCAAAUAUGAAGGAAAACGCUGAAAAUUCAUUAAAUUCGUUCAAAGAUGCCACAGUCAACGAGUCAAGCUCCAAAAAGACGUCGAGAUUCUCAAUGUUGGCUCAAGAAAUCGAUGAAUACGAAUAUGACUACCAAUCACAGUACAAUAAGCCGAAAGAAGCAUAUAUGAAGGGAAGAUCUCCACGAAUGUCGAUCGGAGAGACACGUCCAGCAGUCCUGUGUACUCCGGCUGGAGCACAAGCCAUGAAAAGCCCAAAUGUAGCGGUAUCGUCGAAAAGUGCUCCCGAAAUCGCUCUCGGAAUGUCGGAUUUCGAAGCUCGCCGCAUCAAAUUCGCCCAGCCAAUUGUGAAUGUGAACUAUCUGCCCAACGAAUCGUCGAUUUUCUCCGGAGGAUCCGGAUCAUCUGUAAACGAUCAGAGCACUGUGCUCGGAGGCUCUGCCGAAAUGAUGAACGUCACCACGUCGUCGCUGAGCUGUGGAGAGCUGUCGAUGAAUCAGCAUAUAACACACGAAAAUACGAUUAUCAACGCACAAUCGUGUGAUAAUCGAGAGGCGAUUUUGAGAGAAAGACAGCAAGUUUCAAACGAAGAAUAUGGACCGCACACAUUUAUGAGAAAGAAGGUGCCAAAAGAAGCUUCAUCUGCGACAUCAUCAUCAUCGUCAACGACAACUUUAACUACGAUCUCCGGUGCAUCAGGCUCUACAACGUCUGGAAUAUCGAAUGCUCCACAGGACUCGGCUUCAACAAAAACCACGACUAAUACAUUUACUUCUUCGUAUUUGCUCACUAAAACCUCGAACAACAACAUCAAUGCACUUGUCUCGUCGUCGCCAAAACCGUUUUCUAAAGAUAUCGGAAGAUCCAUGUUCUCGCCUGUGCAUUUUACUCCAAAAAGCACGUCGUCACCGAAAACUCUGUCGGAGAGCAUCUUCUCGCCAUCGAAAUCCGCCGCAGUCGAAGGAUCAAUUGCGACUACGAGACGGCUUCAGUUUGAGGAGAAAUUGAAGAAAAGUAGUAGCGCGAAUGUUACAGCGCCUCCUGCACCUACAUCAGCACCAGUUCCAACGCCACGCCACGUGGCUCCAUUGGCACCUACAGUAGCCCAGCAGAGCCACUUGACUCCAAACCAUCGUCAUGCUGCUCAACAAAAGAAGCACCUGUUCCCCGUAGUGGGGAUCGUCGCGACUGCACCGAUUCCAGUUCAAACUCAAUGGAGAGGACAAUCGAAUACUCCAGUUGUGCAGGGAGCUCGUGCCGACGAGAAGACUGCUGGUAAUGAGCCACCAGUUGGAGCCGGAGUUGGAAAGCUGAAGAAUUUGAAGUCGAGAUGGGAGUUUUCGUCGGCAACUGGCACGCCAAUACAUCCUGAUGCUACCGAAGAUUCGUUGAUUGCUACGGCAAUUAAGAUGAAGGAGAGUGCGAUUCCGAAACAGCUUGGUCACAGAUCAGAGCGAAAAGGACCAUCCGCCUCGUCGCUCUACUCGCAAGGUGCUCGGAGUAACACGGCUUCUCCUGCAUCGAAAAGUACUCGUUAUGAGCAAGAAGAAGAAGAUGAUGUGUUUGAAGCUCCAGAAUUUAAUGAUGGAGGAGACGUGAUAUCAGAAGAUGGAAUUCUUCAGGAAGAAGAAGAGGAUACUUCUAAAUUCAUUGAUAAUGCAUUUGGAUUUAUGGAAGGAUCUGGGGCUGGAACGCCGAGCCCAUAUCGCGAGCCUCCGUUGCAACGUUUGGAAAAGAAUAGGCCGCCGGCGGAGGUUAUUGAAGAAGAAACUGAAAAUGAGGAUGAAUCUGAACCCUAUGAGCCGGAAGAAGAAGAGGAUGACGAUGCAACAACACAAUUUCCUGUACCUGAAAGAUCACGAAAAUCAAGUUCUCAACUGGCCUACUCUGUUUCGUUUUAUCGAAAAAUUCAACGAGACAGAAACGAAGAAUCGUCGACAGUGCUGGCCGGGCCAGUUAUCAGUCAAAUCAGUCCAUCUGCUCCGCCGAUGUCAUCAUCGCUCACAUCACAACAGAAACUUCGACAGCUCACCACCGGGCCUGCGAAUGGAGCACGAAUUGUCGAGUCGGCUAAGGAUGCUCACGAUCGUAUCAAGCGAGCGAUUCAAGUUGAAGAGCAGCUUGUUGCUCAAUCCAAGAGAGCAAUGAUAUUGGCCCGGGAUAAGCCAAGUUUCCGUGGAUCGCGUGAGGAAUUUGAAGCACAAUGGGCAAUGCUUCGUCAUGUGGAAAAGCAUCGAGCACUUCUCACUGAGUAUGAUCGAUUGAAACGAGAUGGACCGAGAAUUAUCGAUGGACCACGUGGAACGAUAACAGUAUCCCAGUUGUCAGUGAACAUGGCUCGUGAUUAUGUGUCAGCUAAUAUUGCGUCAAGCAAGAAAUCCGAUGAAGUCUUCUAUUUCGCGGCGAUUCUCCGCUACGGCGAGCAAGUCGACGUGUCGAAAAUGGUGACAAGCGACGGUGGUCUGAAUCGUCGUGGUGUUCUCGAGUUUCCCGUACCACUGAUGUUGACCGGGAUUCCACCGGAUUUCCGAGCAACUGUCGAGAUUUAUGGACAACGAUCGAUGCGAGAAUCGACGUCGCACGAGGAUAAGUACAAGUUGAAGAAUUCGACGUUUAAGGCGAAGACUCGUAACACAUUCCUGGGCGGCGGAUCAACUUCAUCAGCAAACCAGAGCCUAUUCGUCGAUCCAGCAGCAUCGUCAUCAUCAACUUCGUCGACCACAUCCAACUUCAAUUUGCUCGGAACAUUCUCGUUCGACAUCAAUUGCCCUGGAAAACAUUUGUACAACAUGUCACAUACUGUAUAUCCGCUCGAAGGUAUUACACAGAUGAAAGUACGCAAACAGGCGAUCGAUGGAGCUGAUAUCACUUAUCACGGAUUCUUGUCAAUGUAUCAGAGAACUGGCGAGGGGCUCGGAUCGUGGACGAGAUACUGGUGUGCUCUUGAGAAUGGAGAGAUGAAGUUUUGGAAGCAGCCAGAAGAUGAGGGAACUAAGGGUUACACUGCACUAAUGGAUCUUUCAACGUGUUGCCGUUCCGAAGGUGCAUCGGUAGUUGAAGACAUUUGCCCAUUCCCGAAUAGCUUCCACAUUGAUGUUUGGGCUCCAAAAAUGGAUACAUCGGAUCCACGUGGCAUUGAGCGUCUUCGAGUUAUGCUGGCGGCCGAUACAGCUCAAGAUCUUCAAACAUGGCUGUCACUGAUCAAUUCUACGUCGAAGCAGUUGUGCACGUGGAGAAAUCCGAUUGUUAAUCAGUAGUCCCCCCCUUUUUUGCAAGCUUUGUGCCUGUAUGUAUCCCCCAGUUUUUCCCCUCAGAUUUUUUUUGACAAAUAAUCAAAUGUUUUAUUAUUAUUCUCGUUACUUCUCUCUCUCUCUCCAUGUUUAGCUUCCUUCUUUUCUAGAAUUUACUCCCUUCUUUUUUAAUCAAUACAUCACUGUCCCAUUAUCAUUAUUCCACUCUUUUUGGGCCUUUUUCGAUUUAUUCGAAAAUUUUAGUUUCACAGUGCCCCUCACCAUCGUACACUCUUACAAUUAAUUUUCGGUUUUUUUUUUGUUAAAAUAAACAUUUGGUGAAAGUGUG